AUGGGUGCGCCUUCCGCUGUAGAAGUGGUCGAGACAGAUCUUCGACAACAAAGAAGAAGGGGUUGGAGUGGAUCCCUGAGAGAGAAAAAUCAAGUAGGAGAGAGGGGAAAUCAGAGGGAGCGGCGGAGAGGAGAUGGAAAUGGCGACGGCGAGCGCGGAUCCGACGGUGUUUUGUUGUUGGAAGUGGAGAGGCAGAGCUUCAAUUCCGUAGUGUCUCGCAUCAUCGAUCUUGCCUGCCUUUCACCGCAAAGAAGAAGAAAGAAGGAGGAGUUGGCCGGCAGAGGAAGGAGGAGUUGGUCUCGCAUCAUCGAUCUUGCCUGCCUUUCACCGGGUACUGCCUCCCUCCUCGUACCAUGA